AUGGGAGGAAAAGGAGAAGGAGGGAGGGGGGAAGACGUAACCCACUUCUUCUUCCUUCUUCCUCUUGUGAACAGGGCUAGUGAAGACUGCGAGCGCCGUGGCGGGAAGAUGUUGGACUCAACCCCGAACCAUCCGCCUUCAUGUGCGGCGGCGAAAGGGGUAGGAGGCAGGAGAGGGAGAACAUCUUAUGAGGUUCAGUGCCUUCCAAGUGAGCGAGAUGCCUUACUUAAGAUGAAGAGUCGUCUCUCAGAUCCUUCAAAUAGGCUCGCCUCUUGGUCUCUCCAUGCAAAUUGCUGCAGCUGGGUUUCAGUUGUUUGCCACAACAUCACAGGCCAUGUUCUUGAGCUCCACCUCACGACUCCACCUCCUUUACAUAAUAAUUUUGGAGGCAUGCAAAUACCUGGUUUUCUUGGCUCAAUGACAAGCUUGACAUAUCUUAACCUAUCUAAUGCUCGAUUUGCUGGAAGCAUUCCUCUUCAGUUUUGGAAUCUUUCCAAUCUGAUCUAUCUUGACCUUGGAGGCAAUUAUUUGGAAGGAAGCAUUCCUCAUCAAAUUGGAAAGCUCUCCAAUUUGCAAUAUCUUGAUCUCGGAGGUAGUGAAUCUAGUCUAAGCAUUCCUCGUCAAAUUGGAAAUCUCUCCAAUUUGCAAUAUCUUGAUCUUGGAGAUAAUCAGUUUGGUGGAAGCACCCCCCAUCAAAUUGGAAACCUCUCAAAUCUAAUCAAUCUUCAUCUCGGAUAUGUUGAAAACCUCCAAUGGGUUUCAGCUCUUUCUUCUCUUCAGCAUCUUGAGCUGAUUGGUUUAAACCUAUCCAACACCUUUGACUGGUUGCAGGAUCUACAUUCACUUCCUUCCCUGAGAGAGUUGCACUUGUUAGGAUGUGAUUUGAACCAUCAUUUUGAACCAUCAACCUUAAACUUUUCAUCUUUAGCCAUCCUUCAUCUUUCUGAUUCUGAAUUGGGCACUUCAUUGAUUCCAAAUUGGGUAUUUCAACUGAAAAGAUUAGUUCAUCUUCAAUUAAACAGUAAUGGUUUUCAAGGUCCCAUCCCAGUUAGUAUUCAAAACUUAACUCUCCUUCAACAUCUUGAUUUAUCUGACAAUCAGUUCAACUCUUCUCUUCCUGAUUGGUUGUACAGUUUUAGUCAUUUAAAGUCCCUCAUUCUCUCUCAAAACCAAUUGGUUGGCACAAUUUCUAUGAAUGUUGGAAACUUGACUUCUCUUGUUACUCUUGAUUUAAAUGGAAAUCUUUUAGAAGGAUCGAUUCCAACUUCUAUGGGAAAUCUUUGCAACUUGAAAAAACUGGAUAUUUCAAACAUGAAGUGCAACCAACAAAUUUCUCAAAUAUUAAAAAUUCUUUUAGAAAGAUGUGUUUCUCAUGCACUAGAGAUUUUUUAUAUGAGUGAUUCUCAAUUAUCUGGCCAUCUCACUUACCAAAUUGGUCUUCUUAAGAAUCUUGUUGAACUUGAUCUUUCUUCUAACUCCAUUCAAGGUGCACUUCCUGACUCAUUAGGAAACAUUAAAUCUUUGAUAUGUCUUGAUCUUUGGAACAACACUUUUAAAAGUGCAAUUCCUAUAUCAUUUGGAAAUCUAACAUCUUUGAUGUAUCUUGAUCUCUAUGAAAAUCAACUUGAAGCUAAUCCUUUCGAAAUCCUUGGAUCACUCUGUAAAUUGAAUGUCCUUAUUUGGGGUAUAAUCUUUUCCAAGGAGUUGUCAAAGAAGUCCACCUUGUUAAUUUUACCCAUCUGCAAGAUUAUGUACCAAAAAACCAACUCGCUUUAA